AUGCCUAAGGCGGCGUUGAUUGAGAUGUGCGCGCCGGGAGUGGCGGUGUUCCUCAUGCUGGCAGCAUCGCCCGCCCUCAGCCAGCUGAUCUUCCUCAUGGAGCCGCCUCCUCGGCUGCGGUUCUCCAACAGCUCCGGGGCCAGGGUCUCCUGCGUAGCCCACGGUUCCCCCCCUCCGACGAUAUCCUGGAUGACGGAGGACGGCGCGCCGGUCACAGACGUGCCUGGAUUGAGGGAGGCGCUGCCGAAUGGCACUUUGUGGCUGGGACCCUUCCCAGCUACGCAGUACCGGAGCGAUGUUCACGCCGCCGUGUACCGCUGCAGAGCGACCAGCGCAGUUGGAGCCAUCCUCUCGAGGGACAUGCGGCUGGAGGCAGUAAUGGACAUCCCCUGGGAGGUGCAUGUGCAGCCGAGUCACGGCGUCGCGGGCGCAGCGGCGUUGCUCACUUGCUCUGUGCCGGCUUUGGUACAAAACCACAUUUCUGUCACGAGGUGGUUAAAAGAUGGUGCCGUGUUGGCUCCGAUGGCUGCCGAAGCUGGUGGCCGAUACAUAAUAGGGGGGAGCCGCGGCGACAUCUUGGUAGUUAGAGACGUGAGACCUGAUGAUGGAACCACCUACUCCUGUGAGGUGCAGCACGCUCUCACUGGAGAAAAGAGAAGAAGUCAGCCCGCUGUUGUUACUGUUGCACAUUCCACCGGAAGCAUGGCGCCGCGAAUGCUGUCGAUAUCUGAAGACGAGGUGGUACCACAGGGAGGCGAUAUAAGACUAGUGUGUUGUGCUAUAGGCAUUCCACCACCUACAUACAGUUGGUUCCGCCACUCCAACGGCCGCCUCAGCCCCGUCUCCAACAGCAUCAGGAUAUCGGUCUCAGACCAGGUGCUGAUCAUCAGACGAGCCCAGCUGUCUGACGGCGGUGUCUGGACGUGCAGGGCUCACAAUCAAUACGGAGAGCAGAGACGAGACGCCAGGCUGAGAGUGCGGGCGAGGCUGUUGGUCAAUGUGCAGCCUCAGCUACAGGUUGCAAACUCGGGCAGUUCAGUGACUUUCAACUGCUCGGUAGAAGGUGGUGACGCCAGAAUCAGGUGGCUUCACGACGGUGUUCCCGUGGGGGGGGCGGAGAAGGUGCUGAGGAUCCACUCGGUGGUGAGGGCCCAUAGAGGGAUGUACCAGUGUUUCGCCGAGAGGGACCUGGAUUCAGCUCAAGCUGCCGCGGAAUUGAGGCUGGGAGACACGGCACCAGAACUACACUACACCUUCAUAGAGCAAGCGUUGCACCCAGGGCCCGCUCUGGCCCUUCAUUGCGCUGCGUCAGGCUCCCCACCUCCGAGGUUCACUUGGCUGUUGGAUGGCCAGCCGGUUGAAGAACAUAAUACUGCACAAAGAACAGUUUCCCAAUUCAUGAACUCCGCUGGAGAUGUGGUCAGCUACCUGAACAUAACGUCGGUACGACCAGAAGAUGGUGGACGAUAUACAUGUCGCGCUCACAACUCGAGAGGUGCAGCAGAACAUUCUACAAGGCUCAAUGUAUACGGUCCCCCAUCCAUCCGCAACAUCGGGCCGGUCCGCGUGGUGGCGGGCGUCAACACCACCGUCUACUGCCCAUACUCCGGAUUUCCAAUCAGUGAAAUCAGAUGGCAGCGCGGCGGGUUAGACCUGAGUUCCAGCGGGGGUCGAGCGUUGUCCGGCAUUGGUGGUGAGCUGCUCCUGUGGCCAGCAGAGCCCGGAGAUGCUGGAGUGUACUCGUGCAGGGUCACGGCACCCUCGGGACAGUAUGCGCAGAAGGACGUCCAGAUUUUUGUCAGAAAUCCUCCUAAAAUAGCGGGCUUUAUGUUCCCAACGGAUUUAAUAGAAGGCAGUUCAAUCCAAGUGCUCUGUGGUAUCACUUCGGGAGAUAAACCAGUUUACUUCUCAUGGUUGAAGGACGGUCAGCACAUACCAUCUAGUUUACAGGUGCAAGAGAAGUCACUGGACGAAUUCAGUUUCUUGAUUUUCUCCCACGUAACCUCGAAGCAUAGUGGAGAGUACACCUGUGUGGCGAGCAACUCCGCGGCAGAGGUCAACCACACCGCGAGGUUGGCUGUCAAAGUGGCACCUUCCUGGGUGUAUGAACCUCAAGACGUGUCGGCGCUAUUAGGAACACAAAUCCUGGUCAAUUGUGCCACCAAAGGAUAUCCCGAACCUAGAAUCACUUGGCUGAAAGGUCACGGCACUGGAGUCAACGACUUCAGACCGGUAUCUCACCUGGAUCUACAGUUCUCAGUCCUGGGUAACGGAUCUUUGAGCAUCGCCCCAGCAGCCCAUCAUCAUGAAGGCCAAUACAUGUGCCGGGCUGACAAUGGCAUAGGCAGGGGACUGUCAAAGAUCAUAAGCGUUUCUGUUAAUGAACCAGCUCACUUCGAGUUCUCGUCCCGAAACAUGACGGUGAAAAGAACGGCAGCCGCCUCGCUCAUGUGCGACGCCCGCGGAGACCCCCCCAUACAGCUGCAGUGGACGCAUAACAUGCAACUCGUUGACUUGUCUACUUACAGGGUAUCAGUGAAGGAGCAAAGAUCAGAAAGCGGGAUGAGUUCGCAGCUGAACAUAGCUCAUGCUGAGAGAAGAGAUUCAGGGGUAUAUCGAUGUCGGGCCGAGAAUUCGUACGGACGAGAUGAACUGCUGAUAUAUUUGGCUGUUCAGGAGUUUCCAGAAUCACCCCGCGGACUCCACGUAUCUCGUCACGCAGCUCGAGGAGCCACCAUAUCCUGGCAGCGUGGGUACGACGGCAAUGCCAGAGUCCGGCUGUACCGCCUGCAGUACAGAGUGGUGGGGGACAGGGACAGGCACAGGGAGGGGGAUGACUGGAGUGACGCGCCCGUGAGGGAUGUCCCCGCUGACAGGGUUAUUGAGAGGCACGAAUCCACGGAGUCAGAAGUUCUAUUAGAAUAUACAGUGGAAGGUUUGCGUCCAGCCACAGCGUAUGCUCUUCGCUUGGCUGCUGUCAACGUCAUCGGAGACAGCGAGUAUUCUGACUCCAUCAUUGUGCAGACCUUGGAAGAAGCACCAUCAGAGCCGCCACAUAAUGUCCAAGUUCAAGCCACUGCACCUGGGGAAUUACUGGUGAAAUGGCAGCCUCCACCCCAAGAAACCUGGAAUGGCGAACUCCUCGGCUACGUGGUGACCUGGCGCGAGGCUGGCGGCGCUGAGAACAGCACUCAAGCCCUGACCGCGCACGGCUGGGGCGCGGCGCAGGCGCAGCUAGCUGGUUUACGCGCGCACGCUCAUUACGAAGUGCGAGUGAGAGCGUUCAAUGCGGUCGGAGCUGGACCACCGUGUACACCUUUGACGGCGACUACUCUUGAAAAUGUACCAGAAGCUCCCCCCGAAAGAGUCCGCUGUGAACCGAUAUCCUCACAGUCGCUGAGGGCGUGGUGGGAGCCGCCGCCGCCGGCCGCGCGAGGGGGCGUCAUAUUAGGAUACGAGUUGUUGUAUGAGGUGGCAGAAGACCUAGAGAGCCAAUCAGAGAGCCGCCGCGCGGGCGGGCUGGAGUCGGUAUUGGCGGGCUUGCGCCGCGCCGCCAACUACUCGCUGUCGGUGCGCGCGCGCACCGCCGCCGGCGCGGGCCCCGCCUCUACGCCCGUGUACUGUGCUACCAGUGAAGAUAGUAUGUAG